AUGUGGGGCGGGCGCGUGCGGUUCGGCCUCCUGCCGGCCGACCGCUUCCUGCAGGGCCCAACCUACUUUGUGUACCGGCUGCACGAGCAGCGGGCUGUGCCGCCUCUGCACGUGCACGUGACGUACACUAUGGGCGGUGGGGAAGGCAAGCGGUCGAGGCUGCGCGCCGCGGGGCUGUGGCAGGCGCUGCACCCGCGCCCGCGUAGACCUCCAGACCUCCCUCUGACCGCGCUUGCGUUGCUCUCGCGCCAGGCAGCGUCGCGCACGGGGGCGCAUGCGGCCGGCAGCGCGGCAGGCAAUUUCGCCGGCGGCGCCGGCUUUGUGCGGGUGACCGGCCUCGAUGCGUUGCUGCUCUCGCUGCUGGAUCGCAUGCGGCUGCCCCCAAAGUACGUGCAGCGGUCCGUGCUGCGCAACGCGCUCGCACUCGCUUCGGCGCUCGGGUGGCAGCUGGUGCGGCCGAGGCUCUGGGCGCUGUGCGAGCGGCACUGGUGGCACCUCAAGGACUGCCGGCUGCCGGGCAACCCGCUGCCGAUGCCGUACGAGGCGCCGUACGACACGCUCUUCAACCUCGAGGACUGGAACCAGGCCGGGGCGGAGGACGGAGCGGCGGCGGGCCCCAUCCAGCUGGCAGAGGAGGGCGAGGUGCGGGGCCUCGAGGCGCGGAGGCUGCACCUCCUUCCGCCGAGCGACGGAGGCGGCGGCGCUGCGGGUGGCAGCGUCGAGGGCGACCUCGUCCUCCCCCACGGCACCUCGUUCGACGCCGCAGCGCGCUUCCUCCGGCCGAGGCUCGGCAACGCCUCCGGCGGCCGGCGCGCAGUUGUUGAGCUCGACGUGCGCUCGCUGCUGCGCUUCUCGCCGUGCGGCUUUGACGACGAGGCCGCCGCGGCGCGCUUCCAGCGGCGCGUCGUCGAGCGGCUCUUCCGCGGGCAGUACUCGUACUGCGGCGAGGAGCGCAACCCGCACGUGGACGCGAUGCUGGCGAACGCGCGCGCCAAGCACCAACCCGAGGAGCCGCUGCUCAUGACGCGCCGCAAUUGCACGGGCCAGCCCGCAAACGACUUCAACAAGCCGAAAGUGGACUUGGGCCCUGAGGCGCUGCGGUACCUACCUCGCGGCGCGUGUGGCGAACGCACGGUGGGUGGCGGCAGCGACGAUGGCGCCGAGGCGACCCUGAAACGGGGCGUGGCGUUUGUAAGGCUCUCGUAG